AUGGCUGGAAGAGGCAAAACUCUUGGUUCUGGUGCCGCAAAGAAGGCUCAAUCUCGUAGUAGCAAAGUCGGUCUUCAAUUUCCGAUUGGUCUUAUUGCUCGUUUUCUGAAAGCCAGCAAGUAUGCCGAGCGUGUUGGUGCCGGAGCUCCUGUGUACCUUGCUGUUGUUCUCGAAUACCUUGCUGCUGAGGUGAAUUUUUGCUUUAUUUUCAUAAAAAAAAAUCUGUUUUUGUUUUCUCAAUUUCUAGGUGUUUCUGAUUUUGUAUGUGAAUUUUGGUCUUUUCAAGUGCUUGAAUUAGCUGGAAAUGCAGCUAGGGAUAACAAGAAGACUAGAAUAGUUCCAAGGCAUAUCCAGUUGGCUGUGAGGAACGAUGAAGAACUGAGCAAGUUUCUUGGUGAUGUGACAGUUGCUAAUGGUGGUGUUAUGCCCAACAUCCAUAACCUUUUGCUUCCUAAGAAAGCUGGCAUAUCAAAGCCCUCUGCUGAUGAGGAUUAGGUGGAAGGAUAAGAGAAGGUUUCUAGGGUUGAGGGUUAAAUUUAUUUUUUUAGUAAUUGGUGUUUCUGUCUCUUAGAUUCCAUAGAGAUUAGGUGAAAUCAAUUAUGUUUUUCUUUUGGUUUAGUCGAAGCUUUUAGGGUUUAUGGUAGUCUGUAUAUAUAAAUGGAGGGAUGAAUGAAAGACUAUUUUCUUAAAUUGUUUCUCUUGGUUACUAUUUUUAUUUAUUUAUGAAAUAUCAUCUCAAUGAGAUCUAUCUU